AGUCUAUCCGUGAGGUGACAGGCUAUGUGCUGGUGGCUCUGAACCAGUUUGACUACCUGCCGCUGGAGAACCUGAGGAUCAUCAGAGGAACUAAGAUGUAUGAAGACCGCUACGCUCUGGCGAUCUUCCUCAACUACCGCAGAGAUGGGAACUUUGGCCUGCGCCAGCUGGGACUGAAGAACCUCACAGAGAUCCUACAGGGUGGUGUCUAUGUCGACCAGAAUAAGUUCCUGUGCCACGCAGACACCAUCCACUGGCAAGACAUCGUCAAGAACGCCCGCGUCAGCCCUCUGGUUGUGCCAACCAAUAGCAGUGUUACAUGUCAGAAGUGUCACGUCUCCUGUAAUGGUCGCUGCUGGGGCCCAAAGGAGGACCAGUGUCAGACCUUGACUAAAACAGUGUGUGCUGAGCAGUGUGAUGGUCGCUGUUUCGGACCCUGGGUCAGUAACUGCUGCCAUCGCGAGUGUGCAGGAGGAUGCUCCGGACCCAAGGAUACGGACUGCUUCGCUUGCACCAACUUCAACGACAGCGGGGCGUGUGUGACCCAGUGCCCCCAGCCCCAUGUAUACAACCCCACCACCUUCCAGCUGGAAAGCAACCCCAGAGCCAAGUACACCUACGGAGCCUUCUGCGUCAAGAAGUGCCCACAUAACUUUGUGGUGGACCACAGCUCCUGUGUGAGGGCUUGUCCCAGCAACAAGAUGGAAGUAGAAAAUGACCGCAUCAAGAUGUGCAUCGCCUGCACUGAUAUCUGUCCAAAAGCCUGUGAUGGUAUAGGUACAGCCAGUCUGCAGUCAGCCCAGACUGUGGACUCCAGCAACAUAGACAAGUUCACCAACUGUACCAAGAUCAAUGGAAACCUGGUCUUCCUCAUCACUGGCAUUAAAGGGGAUGUGUACCACAACAUUGAGGCUCUGGAUCCAGAGAAACUGAAUGUGUUUCGGACUGUUAGGGAGAUUACAGGUUUCCUGAACAUCCAGUCGUGGCCAGAGAACAUGACAGACCUGAGUGUCUUCUCCAAUCUGGCAACCAUAGGAGGUAGAGCACUGUACAGUGGUAUCUCUCUCCUAGUGUUGAAGCAGCGGUGGAUCUCGUCCCUCCAGCUCCAGUCCCUGAAUGAGAUCAGUGCUGGUAAUGUGUACAUCACCAAUAACAGUCAGCUGUGCUACUACAACACCGUCAACUGGACCGGCCUGUUCAGAGCCAACAACCAGAAGGUCCUCAUACGGAACAACAGAGACCCCAAAGAGUGUACUACUGAGCGGAUGGUGUGUGACCCUCUGUGUUCGGACUCUGGCUGCUGGGGGCCGGGACCAGACCAGUGCCUGGCCUGUCGUUACUUCAGCCGGGGACGCAUCUGUGUGGACACCUGCAACCUCUAUGAAGGGGAGGUGCGUGAGUAUGCCAACGGCUCGGUGUGUGUGGAGUGUGAUUCCCAGUGUGAGAGAGCAGACGAUUACUCUCUGACCUGUCAUAGCCCGGGUCCGGAUCACUGUGUGAAGUGUCUCCACUUUAAAGAUGGUCCUAACUGUGUGGAGAAGUGUCCCGACGGCCUUCAGGGGGCCAUCAGCUUCAUCUUUAAAUAUGCCGAGGCCAACAACGAGUGUCAUCCCUGUCACUCCAACUGCACGCAGGGGUGUAUAGGACCCAGACUGCAGGACUGUAUUGGCAUGAUGGACAGGACUCCCUUGAUUGCUGCCGGGGUGAUAGGGGGCCUCUUCGUCGUGGUCAUUGUGGCUCUGAGUGUAGCCGUGUCUGUCCGCAGGAAGAGCAUCAAGAAGAAGAGAGCCCUGCGACGCUUCCUCGAGACAGAGCUGGUGGAGCCCCUGACACCUAGUGGUACAGCCCCUAACCAGGCCCAGCUCCGCAUCCUCAAAGAGACUGAACUCAAGAGGGUCAAGAUACUGGGCUCGGGGGCCUUCGGCACCGUCUACAAGGGCAUCUGGGUGCCGGAGGGUGAGACAGUGAAGAUCCCGGUCGCCAUCAAGAUCCUGAACGAGGCAACGGGACCCAAGGCUAACGUGGAGUUCAUGGAUGCUCUGAUCAUGGCUAGCAUGGAGCACCCCCACCUGGUCCGUCUCCUGGGGGUCUGCCUGAGCCCCACCAUCCAGCUGGUCACCCAGCUCAUGCCUCACGGCUGUCUGCUCGACUACGUCCAUGAACACAAGGACAACAUCGGCUCCCAGCUGUUGCUCAACUGGUGUGUUCAGAUCGCCAAGGGUAUGAUGUAUCUGGAAGAGCGGAGACUGGUGCACAGGGACUUGGCUGCCCGUAACGUGCUGGUCAAGUCCCCCAACCACAUCAAGAUCACUGACUUUGGUCUGGCUCGGUUGCUGGACGUCAAUGAGAAGGAGUACAACGCUGACGGAGGCAAGAUGCCAAUCAAGUGGAUGGCCUUGGAGUGUAUCCACUACAGGAAGUUUACACACCAGAGUGAUGUCUGGAGCUACGGGGUGACCAUUUGGGAAUUGAUGACAUUUGGGGGGAAGCCCUAUGAUGGCAUCCCGACCCGGGACAUCCCAGACCUGCUGGAGAAAGGAGAGCGUCUUCCCCAACCUCCCAUCUGCACCAUAGAUGUAUACAUGGUCAUGGUCAAAUGUUGGAUGAUAGAUGCAGACAGCAGGCCCAAGUUCAAGGAGCUAGCUGCAGAGUUCUGUAGGAUGGCCCGGGACCCUCAGCGUUAUCUGGUCAUCCAGGGGGAUGACCGUAUGAAGCUUCCCAGCCCCAACGACAGUAAGUUCUUCCAGAGCCUGCUGGAUGAGGAGGAGCUGGAGGAUCUGAUGGAUGCUGAGGAGUACCUGGUUCCUCACGCCUUUAAUAUCCCACCGCUGGCGUACACACCCAGGACACGUGUUGACUCCAACAGGAACCAGUUUUUGUACCAAGACCCUAGUUUCGGCAUGGAAGACAUGUUGGGUACCUUGGGGACCAUCCCACGGGUGCUGUCCCUGUCUGCAGUCCCAGGGUGCAGGCCCUCAGGGGACCCGUCUGUAGGGGGGCAAGGCGGCAGCGGCCAAGAGGAUAAACGUUUCGAGGACCAGCGCUGUAACGGCACCCUGAGGAAGCAGGUCUCACCCCGGCCCGCGGGACCUCCAGGACAAGGCGGAGCCCCAGCCUCAGGUCCAGGGGAGGACAGCAGUGGACAGCGCUACAGUGCAGACCCCACCAUCAUGCUGGGGGAGAGAGGAGCUAGAGGAGACACAGACCAGGAUGGAUACCUGACCGCCAUGAGGGAGAAGGCCUCCUCAGACUAUCUCAACCCUGUGGAGGAGAACCCGUUCGUGACGCGCCGGAGGAACGGAGACACCCUGACCCUGGACAGCUGUAACCCCUACCAGGUGGCCCCCAUAGGUCCCCAGCAGGCCGGCUCCGGCCCCAGAGUGGAUGACGAAUACGUCAACGAGCCCCUCUACCUCAACACCUUCCACAACCCCGGAGGACCAGGGCCAGGAGAGGGAGACUACACCGAUUAUACCCUGAAAAAGAACGGAGUCCCUGGGGGACACAACCCUAUCCUCGCCACCCUUACCAGCCAACCAGGCACCACUGGUGUCACUGCUGGCCAAUCAGGCACCACCCAGGCAGGGAACCCCUCCCACAGCGUCCAGACAGCCAACGCCCACGCUGUCUCCGCACAACCGGGAUACGCUGCACCUCCGGGGCUCGGCGCAGCAGGCCCUCACCCAGGGCACAUCCUGCACCCAGGUCACCCUUCCCACCCCGGGUACACCCUCCACCCCGGUCUCACUGGCACCAUCAUGGUGGACAAGAAGACCAGACAAGACAAGAACAAGACGUUUGACAAUCCAGAGUACUGGCAGCAUAGCCUCCCUCCCAAAGCCACCCUGCACAACCCCGAGUACCUGCAGGACUGCAGCACGCGCUUCUUCUACAGGCAGAACGGACGUAUCCGGCCCGCCGUGGCCGAGAACCAGGAGUACCUGACGGAGUUCGCCCUGAAACCUGGGACCGUGCUACCGCCCCCGCCCUACAGACAGAGGAACACUGUGGUGUAACGUGGAGUAGUGAGGAGGACUGGGUGAGAAGAGGAGGAAGACAAGGGGAGGAGGAGGAGUGAGGGGGAUGUACGGAGGAAGAAGGGCAAGAUCGUGGGAGGAUGGGAGGAGGAGAGAGGACUGAGUGUGAGAGGAAGGAGGAGGGAGAAGUGAAGACGGGAAGGAGGAGGAGUGGACAGUCCCUCUCACACUCAGUCACUCAGUAUUUACGUAUCAAUGCAUCAACCUUGGUUCCCUCCACCAGCACUGGACUGACACAUCUAUAUCUGUCUGUCUGAUUACAGUGCAUUUACACAGAAAUAUCACAGUAAUAUUAUUGUAAUAUACAAAAUGCUGAGAGCCUCCUACUACCCAUGAACCCAGGACUGAUGAGCAACGUCUGUAUCUAUCUGAUUUAUACUGGAUUACAGUAACAUUAUAGUAAUAUACAUACUGCUGAACCCAGGAGUAAUGUGCACAUUGCUAGCCUCCCCUUCCACUCAGCCCCUCUUAGCCAACCUUAACUACUCCUCUACCACACCCACUACUCUCCCUCAGCUCCGCCUCUUCAGUGUUGAUCACACAAACAGGCGCCACCCACUCCUGGGAAACGGUGGACCUCUCUCUCAUGUGACUUUGUCCUCUUCCUGACUCCGACUUUAUACUCCUUUAGACUCCAGCUUCACCAACAACAUCAACAACAACUAUAACAACAGCAGAACGCUAAAGGAACAGUGACAUGUAAUGACUACUGACAGACAAUAACACACUCCCCCAGAAAAACCCCUUACAAGACUAUUGUUUGCUCAUUAUCUUACCUACACUAUUUUAUUAGUAAGCCAGUAAUUCCCCGUUUAUACACAACACUACACUUGGAGCACCACAUUUUCUACACUUGGAGCACCAUGGUUUCGUUUGUAGCAAUCCACCAACAACACGUACAGUAAUGUCAUGAGAGCUGUUGGUGGGCAGGACAGCAGGUUCCUAUAAGAGGAAAUGUAUACAUCUGUGUAUACACUGCUGUUCCAUCACUGUCUGCCAAGCCCCAGCCACGCCAUUCAUCUGUCUCAUAAUGUGGAGGAUGAAUUCAUGUCCGCUGACUGGACUGACUGGCUGGCUGGCUGACUGGACUGACUGGCUGGUUGACAUGGUUUAAACCCCUCUGAAUACAUAAUGCAAUUCAAUCAUGGAUUGUACAGCACAGCUCAUAUCCUCUAUAAGAUGUUCAUUUGUAUCUCGCAAAGAAGGAAGAUGUGCUCCCAACCUUGACACAUCAAUAACCGUGUACAUGUAUGAUAUAGUCACACACACAAACACACACACACACACGCGCACAAACACACACAGAGAUAGCGUUAGCGUCGUGUGCAUUCCGUUUUGGACCAGGAGCUCCGUUGACCUUGGGUUCUAAAGCAGUGGAGAUAGCACCAGCCAAGGCAGUGCAGCGGCAUGAGAAGACAAAGUCACAGCAAGUAAAUGGCAGUGUUAUACUGUAUGUAAAGCUGGAAUGGCCUACGUUGAACACACUGAAAUACAUCAGGCAGAAAGUGCCACAGCCCAGGAUUUACGAGGGAAUGGGCUUAUCAGUAAGGAGAGGAUCUCAACCAUCCAGCCAUGCUGUUAUAACUUCUAACCCACAUGACUUCUGAGGCAGACAAAUCUGGAUCUGGAUCGAUGCUGUCAUAGAAUAUAGAUCGGAAACUGCUGUGUGUUGCAGUAUUUUUUAACUGAUAAACCCUGGCAGAGUCUGUCUGUUCGUUCCCCUAUCAGAGCUGGUUACAAAGACCUCAGGAGACAGGACUGAUGAGGUGAUGGGGACUGAAGUUUGAACUGGACUGGAUAGAUAGACAGUUGGAGGAGAAAUAGAUGGCAGGGUCAUGUUCAUUAGGCACCAAAUGGAAGACAACGGACUGAAACAGGGAGGGACUACCUGGACAUUGCAAAAUGUUUUGUUACGGUGUGAACGUGACCCACGUGUGUGGAGGACUGGAGAAUUCUGGGGCCUGGAUAGGUGGCGGGCAGCAGACACCAGUCUGUCUGGGAUAAGAGAGGCCUAAAAACUUGGUCUGGUCUUGGGUCUGGUCCUGGGAAUAAAGGAGGAUAACUAAGCCCUGAUGUUGUGGACACGACCAUGGAGGAGAGUCAUUGAGAGUUCUGGUCAAACUGGAGAGGAGAAGCCUGAGAACCUGAUCUGGUCUUGGGUCGGCCAUGGCCAGUGAGGAGUGAACACAUGGACACAUGGAAAUACACAGGAAAUAAACCUAGUACACGCCAAGCAGAGUCAUCAUUGGUGGAUAUGUUCUGUGGAAUGAUAUAUUAAUUUUGGGGGGAAAUUGAGGAUGGAUGGCAUCAGAUUUGGACAGUUGAAAUACUCUAAUUAUAUUAUGUCAUGCCAUGAAGAAUAGUAUUGCAACUAGAACGACAUCAAACUGGUCCCUAAAACCAAGACUUUUGCUCCACCCCAAAAUGUCUCUCCCGCUUCUACGUACAGUACAGGGACAUCCCUCUCCAACAAUUUGCAAUCAAGAUGGGAAAUGAAAUUGUGCCAAAACAUUUGGAGAGAUUUCCUUCCUCCACAAUGACAUUUUCAUGAAGAAAAUGCAGGAGCUACAGCAGAUCAAGGACAUUGAACACUUUUCUAUUCAUGUUUGACAAUAAUGACAGUACAGGUAGACAGACAACAUAUCUAUGGAAGGCCAGGUCCAUGUGUCCCACAGAAUACUGCCAGAUGAUUUUUGUUUUCGCUGCUAGUAGAGGGGAAAUACUGUCUAGACAAAAUAAAUAUUUAGAUUUGGGCCUUUUUGAGUUUUGAUAGGACUUAUUAACCAUUUUGGCACAGACAAACCUCUCCAUUGUUUCCCCAGACAGAGGAACAUCAGGUUCUCAAUACAUUUACAUGUAAUUAUGUAUUAUCUGUUGCAUUGCAGCUAUAGAAAAGGCAGGCAACCUACCCCAUUUCACUGUUAUUUUUCUCAUUGUGGCUUCAGUUUGUACGAUCCAGAGAUGCAGCACUUUAAUGAAGACUAGCAGAAGUAAACGAUGGUAGUGGUAGAAGAAGAGAACAAGGAUAGUAGUAACGGUCUAGAAGCACUGACAGGAGAACUAGAAGGCUCUCCACUCCAAUGAAAAUAGAAUGAAAUGUCCGGGAGUUUUUGGAGAGGCAUUGUGUUAAGUUUUGCUUAGUUUAGCCAAACACAGAUGUUUCCUGGAUGAUGUGUUUAUCUCCAGUUCUCCUCCUUUAUGAAAAAGAAUGACAUGCCAAUUAAGAUCCAUCUAAUUGGUAGAAUCAUGAAAGUGGUCCUUGUAGACAAAGCUACUUUGGUAGCAUCGCUAAAGCGUUUAUAGUCCUCGUGGACAAAGCUCCAUCGGAAUAACCACAGGAGGAUAUAAGGUCUGUUUAGAUAGCUGAUCACAACGCACUACAGAGUCUAGUCCCUGUCUACAAACCUACAGUGGUAGAAUCACUACAGAGUCUAGUCCCUGUCUACAAACCUACAGUGGUAGAAUCAUUACAGAGUCUAGUCCCUGUCUACAAACCUACAGUGGUAGAAUCAUUACAGAGUCUAGUCCCUGUCUACAAACCUACAGUGGUAGAAUCACUACAGAGUCUAGUCCCUGUCUACAAACCUACAGUGGUAGAAUCACUACAGAGCUUAUGGUCCUUGUGAACUAAGCUACAGUGGAAGAACCAUGUGAGGAUAUUAGGCCUGUUUAGAUGGCUAAGGCUUCUCUUCGGCAACUCUACCUGAGGUUAACACUGUGUGUGUGAUCACCAGUGUCUACUGACUCAACCGGUCCUGUAGACCUAGCUCUCUGCCAGGACGUUAAUGUGUUACAUGGACAUAAACACUGUGGCUGUGUCAGAUACCAAGGUACUGUUUGUUUGUUCCUUCUCAUUUUGGAGGUUAAAAUUGAAUUUGUCCUCUGAUUUAAGAUGAUUCGUUUGAGAGCUAACAUUUACUAUAACUGUAUAUAUUGUCCUUGUGUAAAAUAAGUGUAUAACAGUAGAAUGGAAUCUAUGCUUUAUCUGGGGAGUUUAUCUGGGCACGUUUUAUCCCAGACUAUGAACAUGGGGAUAUUGGUGUUGGUGCAAUGACAGCCUAUGAGAGUGAUGUUAAGAGGACUCGUGAUGGACCUUACUGGUCAAUUAAAGCCAGUCUAUAGGAGAAUACAACACCAGUGCCCUGUGUAUUAAAUACUGAAGCUAAUGAGAAACAAUCCCUUAAGGUAAACCCUUAUUUGAAACCCAUCACAAGGGUCUUUUACCUAGCAGUGUGCUGAUAGCUCUCCUUGUCCUCUAAAGCUGCUCUGUUCUGCUGUUCUGUUCUGUGGGGAAAUCAUAUCACCCAACAUCUCCAAGCAACAUGGCGGAGAUAAACACUGGCGGACAGGGCAAUAGUUUCCAUCCUACGCAGGGUAAAAGGCAGAGAUAUUAGCAUUCCACAGAUGUUAGGAGAUCAAUACAUCAGUGUUACAAUAGGUUGUCUGAGAAGCAGCGUUUGGAUGCAGUGCUGGAAGCAGAGGAAGAGACUGGAGUUUUACUUUAUCUCAAAAAGAUGACUAAAGGAAUGUAUGUAGCAAGCACUGUUGACGUUGAGUGGUGUGUAUUUACAAACCGACUACCAUGAAGCAGUUCAUGAGGAGCAACUUGAACACGACCAAAAUGAUUUUGAAGAAGCGACCGGCGAGGAGUUUCAGAAGUGAGAGUCGUAGAAUCACAACACUUUAAUGAAUUAUGUCUUCGGGUUGUUUUAGCAAAAUCCUUUAGGUACAAAAGGAGCACAAAUAUUCCCUCUGUUUCAUCUCAACACUGAUUGUGCACACUAAUUUUAAUCAGCAAUGUUGAAACGGUCACAUUUAUUUGAUUCAGCUACUACUGUAUUUACGGUUUUGGGGUAUAAUAGUCAAAAUGGAUGUAACCAUGACAUCUUUAAGAGUAUUGUAAAUUGUGUUAAUGGUGAUGUUUCUUAGUGUAUCUCAAUGGGGGGUUCAUAAUGGCAAUAGAUUGUUGUUUCUUUGACUCUGUUGCUAUGAGAUAGGGCACAGACAUUUCGGUGAAGGCCUCUUUCACACUGUUGUAUCUCAAUGUUACUCCCUCCUGGAUCUACAACUUGGAGUAAAUCCCUAAAGUACAUGAUGGACGGUAUUCCUGUAAUUUCUUACAGUGCGAAAUUAAUUUCUAAAGGACAUUUUUGUAAUUAUUAUGGUAUUAAUAUGUACAGUUUGUUCCAAUAAGCCUUGCCUGUUUCCCCAUGGGCUGAAGUAUUCCUUUGCACAUAGAUAGGAUUUAAAUCCCUACAUGUACAACUAAAUACUGUAUGAGAGGCUGCACUCAGUGCAUCUCAGAACUUCACUUAUUGAUACAUACCAGUUAACUAACACAAUAUUCAUACAAUUCAUCAUAUACUAUAACACACAAAAACACUGUACUUUUGUAAUACAGCUCAUUUUACAGUGGUACUAUUGCGUAUUCCUUCCUUUAAAA